GGGAGCAAGGACUGGGGCUUUGCGUCCCCUCCCUCCACCCCCGCCGGCGGCGGGAUUGGCGCCCAGCACCAGGGAUUUGGGGUUUAAAGAGCAGGCAGCAGCCGCGGCCCCAGCUCACGCACUAGGCGAGGACACAAGCAAGCUCCAGCAAAGCCUACGCACUGCAACAGCCACUGAGCCGCCAGCCAGACCCCAGCCAUGAGCCACAGGCUGCUUCUGCUUCUAGUCCUGCUCCUGUCGUGUGGCCCCACCGCCGGCCGCCCGCCACCCGCGGCCACCCCCCGCCUCAAACUGGCCUUCCCUGAGCUGCGGGCUCGCCACGGGCUGCAGCUCUUCAGGCUGGAGCGCUCAUGCUGCUACGAGGCCCUUCUGCUGGACGAGGAGCGUGGCCGCCUCUUUGUCGGUGCACAGAACCACCUGCUCUCGCUGGCCCUGGAUGACAUCAGCCAACGGGACAGGAAGAUCUACUGGCCAGCACCGGUGGAGUGGAGGGAGGAGUGUAACUGGGCUGGCAAGGACAUCACUGCCGAAUGCAUGAACUUUGUGAAGAUCCUCCAUGCCUACAACCGGACCCACCUGUAUGCCUGCGGCACUGGUGCCUUCCACCCAGUCUGUGCCUUCGUGGAGGCUGGCCAGCAUGCAGAGGAGCCUACCUUCAAGCUGGACCCCCAGCGCACCGAGGAUGGCAAGGGGAAGAGCCCCUAUGACCCCCGGCAUGCAGCUGCUUCUGUCCUUGUGGGCGAGGAGCUCUACUCCGGGGUAGCCACCGAUCUGAUGGGCCGUGACUUUACCAUCUUCCGCAGCCUGGGCCGACGUCCCUCCAUCCGCACCGAGCAGCACGACUCCCGCUGGCUCAACGAGCCCAAGUUCGUGGCCGUUUUUUGGGUGCCAGAAAGCGAAGACCCCGAUGACGACAAGAUCUACUUCUUCUUCCGUGAGACAGCAGUGGAACGGCAGCAGGGGCUGGGCAAAACCAGCUUUGCCCGUAUUGGCCAGAUCUGCCGGAAUGACAUGGGUGGGCAGCGCAGCCUGGUGAACAAGUGGACAACCUUCCUGAAGGCUCGGCUCGUCUGUGCUGUGCCAGGACCUGACGGGGCAGACACCCACUUCAAUGAGCUCCGAGAUGUCUUCCUGCUGCAGACAAAGGACAAGCGCAACCCCCUGAUCUACGCCAUCUUCUCCACUUCCAGCUCUGUUUUCCAGGGUUCAGCUGUUUGUGUCUAUACCAUGGCUGACAUUCGCCGAGCCUUCCUGGGCCCCUUCGCACACAAGGAGGGCCCCAACUAUCAGUGGGUGUCAUACCAGGGACGUGUGCCAUACCCUCGCCCAGGCAUGUGCCCCAGCAAAACCUUUGGCACCUUUGGCUCCACCAAAGACUUCCCAGAUGAGGUGAUCCAGUUUGCCCGGCACCACCCACUGAUGUACAACCCCGUGCUGCCCCACAGCCAGCGCCCCCUCUUCCUGCAAGCCUCCGUUCCCUACACUUUCACCCGCAUUGCUGUGGAUCGUGUCACUGCUGCUGAUGGCCACUACGACGUCCUCUUCAUUGGCACAGACAUGGGCACGGUGCUGAAGGUAGUCUCGAUGGCCAAGGAGAGCUGGCACCACAUGGAGCCGCUGCUGCUGGAGGAGCUGCAGGUCUUCCAGGAUGCCUCCCCUGUCACCAGCCUGCAGCUCUCUUCAAAGCGGCAUCAACUCUAUGCUGGCUCAGCCACAGCACUGGCCCAGCUCUCCUUGCACCGCUGUGGUGCCUAUGGCAAAGCCUGUGCUGAGUGCUGCCUAGCACGGGACCCAUACUGUGCCUGGGAUGGCACUGCCUGCACCCGUUAUGUGCCUAACACUAAGAGGCGUUUUCGCCGGCAAGACAUCCGCAAUGGUGACCCCAAUAUGCUCUGCUCAGAAGGUGAGCUGGGAUCCAACUGGGGGCUGAUGGUUAGCCCUGCCAGGACAGGACCUGAUGAUUGGGCCAUGUCUCCUCCAGACCCACGGCGAGGCAGUGUGCCCCAGAAGCAGCUCUAUGGGGUGGAGGGCAGCACCGCUUUCCUGGAGUGCAUCCCCAAAUCCCUUCAAGCCCGUGUCCUCUGGAUGUACCAACGUACCCCAGAUGACCCCAAGCAAGAGGUGCAGAUGGAUGAGCGGGUGGUGCAGACCGAGCGGGGUGUCCUCCUGCGCAGCGUGCAGCGCGCAGAUGCCGGCCUCUACCUCUGCCACGCCACUGAGCACGGCUUCACCCAGCCCCUGCUGCAGCUCUCCCUGGAGGUGAUCGGUGCUCGGCAGGUAGUGGGCAUGGCACCUGCCGGAGACCCCCAGCUCACCGCCGGGCCCCCCAGCCACAAGGUCUGGUACCGGGACUUCCUCCAGCUGGUGGAGCGCCCGCCGGUGGGCACUGCGGGUAGGGCCUGUCAGCGGCCCUGGAGCCGGGGGAGGUCCCUGCCACCCCCACGCGCCCACGCCGGACCCCCCGGCCGCGGCCAUGGCGAGGAGCCGCGCAGAGCUCGCCGCCGGCGCACCCACGAGGGGCCGCGGGCUGAGCGGAGACCCCGCAGUGCAUCCCCCUGGUGACCCCGGGGCCGGCCCCAGGCACCGGGCUCUGCCUAGGAGCGGAGCCGCGGGCAGGGGCAAAGUCCCCCACCGGCCUCGGCCAGCCCGCCGGAAGCACCGGAACCGGGCACAGACAGCAGUGGGGGACUGCGGCUGCGGGGCCAGGAGGAGAGUCAGGCUGGCACCCCCUCGAGGGGCUGCCGGCCGCCCUUGCCACCGGCUCCAGCAGCAGCGACUGCCGGUUCCGCAGAGUCACCGAAAUAUUUAUUAACGACUGUUACGGAUGAAUGUAAAGCUGCUCCGGCGGGGGAGCGGCGGGGCCAGACCGUGCCUCCCCUGGGCACGACACCGUUGAGGUCGCGGCAGCAGAGCCACCCUCAGGUCCUGGAGGCUACCGGCAGGACCCCGGAGGAACAGGAUGGGCGCUGGCGGGACGUGGUGGGGCCGGCGGGAGAAGGCCCGGGAGGGAGAUGAAAAGGGGCACAGAAGUAGUGCCCAGCGCUCCGGGCAGGGCGGCGGCGCGGGGAGAAACUUGUACUAAUUGAGCACAAUAAAGCAGAAGAUUAAGACCGUG